AUGAGCGGUUCUGGAAAAGGGCUAUUGGGAUUGUGGUUGUAUAGAAAUGGUUCAGACUGGCAAAUGAAGGGUGAAGCUCAUCAACAUUCUAAGUUUGAAGUUACUCGUCCUCAAGAGGCACAGCAUCUUGACGGCGAAAAAAUAUCAGUUAUUUUCACUUUAAAGAAUCAAGUGGGAGGACUUGUAAAAGUUCUAUCAGUUUUUCAAGAUUUAGGGAUUAACGUACUUCACAUUGAAUCCAGGAAAUCUAUGACGGAGAUUUCGGCUGCUGAUAUUCUGGUAGACGUGGAAUGUGACCCUCGCAGAAUGGAACAUUUGAAACGUAUGCUUAAGCGUGAGGUUCAGGAGUUCGAAUUAGUUUCACAGGAGACCGGAAAAGUAUUUGCUCCGCCAACUCCUCUUUCUGCUGCAACCAGUUUUGAUUAUGGAGAAAUGCCUUGGUUUCCUCGCAAGAUUUCUGAUUUAGACCGAGCUCAAAAUGUUCUCAUGUAUGGCUCGGAGUUAGAUGCCGAUCAUCCAGGUUUUAAAGAUCCCGUCUACCGUAAAAGGAGAGAACAUUUCUCUGCAAUAGCCAAUAAUUAUAAAUAUGGCCAGCCUAUUCCUAGAGUACAGUAUACAGAAACUGAGAUCAAAACUUGGGGUAUCGUGUUCCGAGAAUUGCAUAAACUGUACCAGAAACACGCAUGUGAUGAAUAUCUAGAAAAUUGGCCACAACUUGUUAAAUAUUGCGGCUACCGAGAGGAUAACUUGCCCCAGCUGGAAGAUGUCAGUGUAUUCCUGAAACGCAAGACUGGCUUUCAGCUCCGUCCAGUAGCAGGCUAUCUUUCUCCAAGAGAUUUUCUUUCUGGUCUAGCUUUCCGCGUAUUUCAUUGCACGCAGUAUAUACGCCAUUCAUCAGAUCCUUUUUAUACACCGGAACCAGAUUGCUGCCAUGAACUUCUGGGGCAUAUGCCUUUGCUAGCUAAUCCAAGUUUCGCCCAGUUCUCCCAAGAACUAGGUUUAGCUUCCCUUGGAGCAUCCGAAGAUGAUAUCGAUAAAUUAGCAACGGUAAUAAACUAUAAAUCUUUAUAUUUUAGGCGAUAA